CAUGUGCGAGCCCAGCAAGCAGGACAUUGCCGCCAUCUUCAAGCGGCUCCGCUCCAUCCCCACCAACAAGGUAUGUUUUGACUGCGGAGCUAAGAACCCUAGCUGGGCAAGCAUAACAUAUGGAGUUUUUCUCUGUAUUGAUUGUUCAGGGACCCAUCGAUCACUUGGUGUUCAUUUGAGUUUCAUUCGAUCUACAGAACUGGAUUCCAAUUGGUCUUGGUUUCAGCUGAGAUGCAUGCAAGUUGGAGGAAAUGCAAAUGCUUCAGCUUUUUUCCAUCAACAUGGAUGCACAACAAAUGAUACCAAUGCAAAGUAUAACAGUCGUGGUGCUCAGCUUUACAAGGAGAAGAUUAAAACUCUUGCAACACAGGCAACAAGAAAGCAUGGUACUGAUCUAUGGACAGAUGGAUGUGGAAUGCCACCUGUGUCACCUCAAAACAAAGAGGAAGACUUUUUUGCAUCCCAUGUUUCUCCCAAGGCAAAGAAUACAGAGUGGGUGUUAUCAGAGCCAGAGCCAGUUUCUCUACAGCAGAAAACUUCAGAAAAUAUUCCAGAAUGCUACGAAGGACCAGAACAUGGACCAAGUGUCGAUUGCCUUAGUACGUCACCAAAAGCUGCAUUAGCUGACCUGAUGAAUUUAAUUGCUACAGGUAUCACACCUAAUAAAGAGAACACCACCUUCAUAAAAAAGAAGCCAAAUCAAGCUAAGAAGGGGCUCGGUGCCAAAAAAGGUGGUUUGGGGGCACAAAAAGUGAGCAGUCAAAGCUUUAAUGAGAUUGAAAAACAAGCACAAGCUGUAGAUAAAAUGAAGGAACAAGAGGAUCUUCAUAGCAGUAAGAAAACUGAGAAGGAAGAGCCACUUGUAUCAUCUUUACGGUUGGCCUACAGAGAUCUUGAUAUUAAAACAAAAGAAGAAAAGUUAAAUCUAUCUGGUAAGAAGAAAAAUGAAUUGGAGAGACUUGGCAUGGGAUUUGGCAGCAGCAGAAGUGGCAUUUCUCACUCAGUCACCUCAGAUAUGCAAACAAUAGAGCAGGAAACACCUGCAAUUGGAAAGCCGAAGAAAAAGUACACUGAUGAUGUAGAAGACUCGUAUUUCUCUUCUAGUUCAAGGUACUAUGAUUCUUCAGAUUUGAGGAGCAGCACUUUCUCUAAAUGGGAUGACAAUUCAGAUUCUUUUUGGAAGAAAGAAAAUAAUAGUAGAGAUGUUGAUAUAAUGUUAACUUCAAAAAGUACAGGAUUUUCAGACAGGCCUGCAUCUCGUCGUAAGCCUGAAUAUGAACCAUCUUUAAACACAGAUGAGGCACAAAAAAAAUUUGGCAAUGUAAAAGCAAUUUCAUCAGACAUGUAUUUUGGAAGGCAAGAUCAUGCUGAUUAUGAAGCAAGGGCUCGACUAGAAAGACUUUCUGGAAGCUCAUCUAUAAGUUCAGCUGACUUGUUUGAAGAUCAGAAAAAACAACCAACAGGAAGCUACAAUAUUACAAAUGUCUUGCCUUCAGCUCCUGAUAUAGCUCAGUUUAAACAAGGAGUGAAAUCAGUGGCUGGAAAACUUUCUGUACUUGCUAAUGGGGUCAUGACAUCUAUACAGGAUCGAUAUGGUUCAUAACAUCUUUAGUAUCGACAUAAUUAAGUACACUGAAGAAGGAUUUCUCUUCAGAUAUACAAGUAAUCACACUGCUGAUUUGAAUGAAGGUUGCCUUAAGACUGUUGAUGUUUUUACUUGUUCCAGCAUAUUUGUUUCCUUGUGCAGCUUUCUGGCUCAGCCUCUUCUUACUGUUAUUUCAUCUUGACAGAGCAGAAAUCUUGUAGCAGCUUGUUACAUUGCAUAUGCUCCCCCCCCCCCCCUUUACAGUCUUGUAUUUCUUAGCGACCUUAAUGUUAGAUGUCGGAAGCUUUAUUUUAUUACUGGUUUUGGCUGUGAGGCAGGAAAGAGAAAGAAGGAUGAAUGCGUACAUUGGAAAUGAGGCUUCCUAAUAGAAACCUCAGUGCAGUUGCAUCCUUACUCGCCAGACCUAACUUGUCUUCUGACUGUCUUACGAGCUGUGGAGAAGAAAAUGUAAAUUAAGCAUAUGCCGAGGUGGUAUUUAGUGGACUGUAGCAAAAUAUAGAAUUAAGUUAAACCUGCGCUUAUCAGGAAGUAGAAGCUCUUGCAGUCAUAAAUUGAUGUGCAUUAAAAUGAUGGGGAAUUAGUGUUUUAAAACAAUAUUCCUGCUAGAAAAUUGUAUGUUUAGAUGUGAGGUAUGGAGAAGACAAGAUACGUGGUAUAUUGAAUAGUGGAUUUCAUCUUGUCAUGGGAACCAUCUAUUUAUUCCUAGUUUUGAAAGUUACAAAAAACUGCAAUAUAGAAUCCUUAAGUGCUUUUUAAAAAUCUGUAUUGUGUACAAAUUGAAAAAAAAAUUUAAAAUAUAUAAAGGGCCUAAUAGAGUAGUUAGUUAAAUACUUGUUAAAAAUGUUUAGAACAAUCUUAGGUUUUUGAUAAAUUAUGAAAUAUUGAAUGAGGAAAUAGUAGGGCUGUGUUUUAGACAGUCUAGAAUUUAUUGCUGAUGACAUCCUGUAUAAAACUGAUUAUGACCUUAAAGAAAAAAAACCUCACAACCAAGAAUGAGCUCAAACUAAUUCUGUUCUGUAACUUUAUUUCUUAAUUCAAAUUUGUAAACUGCUGAUACCUAAUAAAAACAAUUGAU